AUGGGUUACCAAUACAAGACGAUGGCUUGCCGAGGAAAGAGUAAUCAUGUAUGGACUACUGGAGAAGAUGCAAAACUUGUAGAAUCCAUUGUUGAGUUGAAGAGGAGUAAGAAUUGGGAUGGUGAAAGUGGCAGUGGCUUGAGAAAAGGUUAUCAAAAGGAGUUGGAAAAAAUAUUGCAAGAAAAACUUCCUGGUAAUGGUCUUAAAGAAAAGCCACACAUCGAAUCUCGUUGUAAGUUAUUGAAAAAACAAUAUCAUGCUAUCUAUGAUGUACGUGCUAAUGGAGAAUUGAGUGGCUUUGGUUGGGAUGAUGAAAGAAAAUGUGUUACUGCAAGUGCGGAUGUUUGGGAUGAUUAUUUGAAGAGCCAUCCAGAUUGUACUUUCAUGAAAAACAAGUCUUUCCCUUACUUUGAUCAACUAUCAAUUGUAUGGGGUAAAGAUAGAGCUGCUGGAUUACAUGCUGAAGUUCCAUUAGAUGCAGUCGAGGAAUUAGAUAGAGAAGAAAAUGUAGAUCAAGUAGAUGGAGAAUCUGGUGAAGAUGGUGUACCUUCAUUAACUACACCUCGCGACGAAGGAACUUCAAAAAAACUUGAUCGUAAGAGGAGAAGAAGUUCAGAUGGUUGCAUAUCAAGUUUGGAGCGAAUGACUAAUGUGCUUGUUGCGCACAUGGAUAAGUCGAAUGAUCAAAUGAACAAGAUUCUGGAAAGUGUUACCGGAGGUGACAAAGAGAAAAAAGACAAUCGUCAUAUGCUUUAUGAGAAAUUGCAAGAGAUUGAAGCGUUAACUGAUUCUCACAGACAAAAAGCUGCGAAGAAACUUGUUCGAGAUCCUGAUUUAUUAGAUUACUUUUUCACUCUUCAUGAUGAAGGGGCGAAAAAGAUGUUUCUAAUAGAACUAUUAGGAUGA